AUGCAAAAGUUUAGAAUAUUUGUUUUGUUUUUUAUUGUAUAUAUUUCCUGUUUUUUGGCCCAACCAAAGAAAAAUGAUGAUGAUAUAGUUAUUAUGAACACCCCCGACGACCCCGAGAGGAAGAAUAGUGAGCCAGUGGGGAAUGAAAGUCCUAUGAACGAUAAGGUGGAAAAGUCACCACAUAAUAAUGUGCAGAAUGAUAUACAAAAUGAUGUACAAAAUGAAACAGUAAAUGAAAUACAAAAUGAAAUACAAAAUGAUGUACAAAAUGAAACACUAAAUGAAAUACAAAAUGAAAUACAAAAUGAUGUACAAAAUGAAAUACAAAAUGAAAUACAAAAUGAUGUACAAAAUGAAAUACAAAAUGAUGUACAAAAUGAAAUACAAAAUGAAAUACAAAAUGAUGUACAAAAUGAAAUACAAAAUGAUGUACAAAAUGAAUCACUAAAUGAAACACCAAAUGAAAUACAAAAUGAAAUACAAAAUGAUGUACAAAAUGAAAUACAAAAUGAUGUACAAAAUGAAUCACUAAAUGAAACACCAAAUGAAAUACAAAAUGAAAUACAAAAUGAAACACCAAAUGAAAUACAAAAUGAAAUACAAAAUGAUGUACAAAAUGAAUCACUAAAUGAAACACCAAAUGAAAUACAAAAUGAUGUACAAAAUGAAACACUAAAUGAAACACUAAAUGAAACACCAAAUGAAAUACAAAAUGAUGUACAACGUGAAAUGCAUUAUCUGCAUGAAUUGAAUGAGUUGCAUUUACAUUCAUGGUAUAGAGGAGAUAAGAAAGCAUUUUACAUGAAAGUAAUAAUUUUUAUAAUUCUUUUGAUUAUUGUUAUUGCUAAUGCAAUCAUAUCAAGGAAUACAAAUAAAACGAUUGCCCUUUAUUGGCUACGAACUUGUAAAGAUAUAUUUUUACAACAAUUCGCAAAAAUUGGUGAUGAUAAAGCAUUUUUAUUGGAACGAUCAUAUCAUAAUUAUGAUUUUCAAUGUACUGGUCGAAAAAAUUGUAAUUAUUAUUUUGUAAAUUUAGAUCUAAUUAAAAGACAAUGUUUUUGGAGAUAUUAUCUUUUAAAUUAUUUUAUGAAUCAACAUGACACUAUGCACAUAGCCGUUAGCUUUGAUAAGCUCGAUAAAAAUGUUUUAUGUGUGUAUAAAAAACAUCAAAAAAAAAAUAUUGAUCAUCGUCUUCCAAAUGUAUAUAAAUAUACAAAAUUAAUGGAUAAAUCAGAAUUAAAAAAAAUAUAUGAUAUUAAAGCAGACUCAUCUGAGAUAGUCAAUCUAGUACUAAGCGGAAAAAUUUUAAACUUUUUAAAUACUUAUGAUAAAUAUAUAAAUUAUAUGUGUAUUACUGAUAUAUCAUUAUUUGAUGUGGAAAAUAGAAUUCCUGAAAAAAAAGAAGAUAGCAAACAAAUAGAAAAACAUAACUUUUUAUUUUUAAGUUUUGUUAUACCCAAAAAUCCAGAAGAUUUGCGCGCAUUAAUCAACUUUUCUAUUUACAUGAUCGAUGCUUGUCAUUGCAUUGAGCUAUCAGAAAAAACACGAGAUAAUGUAAAAAAAAUAAGGAGUAUUGUUGAAAAGGAAAACGAACGAAGAAAACAAGAAUUGAGAGAAUUACAAGAAAAAAAGAAAGCAAAAAAGUUACAGGAGGAAAAUGAAAAACUUAGUAAAAUGUCACCAGAGCAGCAAAGAAAGUAUGAAGAGAAAAAGCAUAAAAAAACUAUGAAAAAAAUGAAGAAAGUUAAAAUUAUAAGAAUAUAA